UCUCAAUAUCCCAAAUCCAACUCCAAGAAUGCAGCGCGCAGGGAAAGAGGCAGCACCGCAGCAGACUAGCACCCCAAAUCCCUGUCCAUGGCAUCGGAUUUUGAAACAGUUGAUCAAAGAUUGCAAUCUUUUCUAGGCCAGCUUCUCUCAGAGUUCGGCAUUCUCGACAGAAUUGUAUAUAAAAACAAGAAUCAGCACAGAAGAUGCUCGUACUUUCAGUACCUCCUGAAGGUGAGAAGAGACUUGAGGCUUCUAAAAUCAGCCAAUCCGGAUGAGAUAUUCCGUUCCUCCUUCGACGUCAUUAAUGGAAAGAGGCCUAAGCAGAAAGUUCAGCUCCUGGAGAGUCUAAAGAGGAAAACAUCAGACGGCAGAAACAAGCAAACCUUCUUAGAUCGGCUCCUCGGACUUGCUCGCCUGCUGUCACAAAUGGUUGAACCAAUUUUGAAGGCAGCGACCCAGGUAUCCACUCUUCUCGCUCGAUCAUUCUUCAUGGGGUUUUCGAUGACAGUUUUAGCCCUGCUUGCUCGGAUUAGAGUCCUUGUUCAACAAAUGCUUCUAGAUGUUGUUUGUGUAUUCAACCACGUAUCAUCUCUGUCUCAAAAGAAACAGUCUGUUAAAUUGAAUAGAGAAGGAUUUGAGGUUUUUAGAGAAUACUAUCCUGUUAAGCAACAUUCUGCUUAUCUAGAAUGCGUUUGGGAAGAAGAUAAGUAUAAGUUAAUUGAGAGGAAGAAUGAGAGUGAAGUUGAGUUUCCGGAAAAGGAAAUCAAAGAAGAUGAGUGUAUUGAAUCAUCCAAAGUUAAGUACCAAAGGCUUGAGAUUUUUCUUGGAGAUGAUGAACCUGGUAAUGUCGUGGUGGUGCCUGAUGAAGUUUCUGUAGAUGGAUCACCCUUUUUGAAUCCUAAUUCAGAGAGAAACAAUGUAGUAGAAAUGUCAUUGGGUUCAGAAGAUGUUCUUUCAGCGAAGCAUUUUAAUGAGGAUAGUAAUGUGGCAUCUCUUGAGAAUAAGAUAAAUGUAUCUCGUGAAAGCAAAUUAUCAGUCCAAUUGAAACUUAAAUCUGAAACAAAGAAAGGUGUUGCAUUUGUGUCUGUAAAAAAGCCUGCUUCGUUAUUGCCAUCUGCGAAUGACUCAGGACGUUCCUCUCAGGGAAUGCUAAAUGGUAAUUGUUCAAUUAGAUAUCAAGAAGAAGAAGAAGAAGAUCAAUUUUUCGCUUUACUGACCGGGGGAAAUAAGAACACUAGUCUCUUUUAAUCCCCCCCCCCCCCCUCAGAAUCUAUUUAGCUUGUUAUUGUUGUUGUUGUUAUAGAGUAGUAUAGUAGUAUUUGUUUUGCUUACAUGUCCUCUCCAAAAAAACAGUUACAUCACACUACAGAUGAAAUUUGUUUUUCAGUAAUACUUUGUAGUGGUAAUAAGAAAGUUACUCUGUUCUUGGUUACAG